AUGCUCGACAAUUUGUCUCUCAUUCAAGUGCUCUCUGUAGCUAUUCUCCUGGUCUUUGCUCGAUGGGUUGUCAGAGGUAUAUACCGCGUCUAUUUCCACCCACUUCGCAAAUUUCCCGGGCCCAAAUUCUCGGCAUUUACGCGGAUACCACAUCUGAAGGCGGUUGGUAGCGGCAGAGUCCAGCAAUAUACUGCUGAAAUUCACGAAAAGUUUGGCGAUGUGGUCCGUAUCUCUCCGGACGUUACCACGGAAGACAAUGCGGAACACGCACGUAAGCGCAAGAUCUUCUCGCCAGCAUUCUCAGAUCGAGCUCUUACGGCACAAGCGCCGCUCUUUCUCCGCUAUGCUGAUCAGCUCGUAAGGCUUCUGAAAGAAGGCGCAGAACAGGGCACAAAGCUAGACAUGGUCCGCUGGUAUAACUUCACAACCUUUGAUGUUAUGGGAGACCUCACGUUUGGCGAACCACUGCAUAUGCUGGACAACGCGGCGUACGAUCCCUGGGUCCAGGCCAUCUUCGGGGGCGUCAAAAGCAACACGCAGUUCAGUGUUAUUCGCAAUUCCUACCAUACACUGGCUCGCAUAGUCACCGCAAUGCUGCACAAAACCAUAAAAGCCAAGCAGAUGACACACUUCAACCAUUCCGCCACCCGUGUCACGAAAAGAUUGGAGAAAGGACGGGAUUCUGAGGGUACCGACAUAUGGGACCUGGUCUUGCAGCAAGAAGAGAAGGGCAAAACUGGUUUGACAAGAGGUGAUAUGGAUUCAAACGCUGAGCUGUUCAUGAUUGCUGGGACUGAAACCACAGCGACCACACUCAGUGGACUUACGUAUCUGCUCACUCAACACCCUGAGUCGAUGAAAAAGCUCGCUGAUGAAGUGAGGGGUACAUUUGACUCAUCAGACGCCAUCAGCAUGGAAAAAAUUGCUCAUCUUCCAUACCUCAACGCUUGUCUCAAGGAGUCAUUGAGGAGGUACCCUCCCGUCCCUGUCGACCCCCAGAAAUUCAUUCCGGAGCGCUGGCUUGACGACGAGCGCUUCGUCAACGAUCAGAAGACGGCAUUCCAUCCAUUCUCGUAUGGUCCACGGGACUGUCUAGGGAAGAAGUGA